GUGUGCAUCGUCACGGGCGGGUCCACGGGCAUCGGCGCCGCGUGCUGCGCGACGCUCGCGGCGGCCGGCGCCGUCGUCUACAGCGUCGACGUCGCGGCGCCGCCGGCCGCCGCGCCCGGCGUGACGCACCUCGCCUGCGACGUGAGCGACGUGCGCGCCCUGCGCAAGGCCAUCGGCGCCGUGGCCAAGGCCCACGGCCGCGUCGACGUCUUGGUGUCGAACGCGGGCGUCUGGCACGGCGGCGACUUCGAGGCCGUCGACGAGCGGGCCUUCGACCGCGUCGUCGGCGUCAAUCUAAAGGGCACGUUCUUCGCCGUCCAGGCCGCCGUGCCCCACAUGCGGGACCGCGGCGGCGCGGUCGUGAUCAUCGGCAGCGACCAGUCGCUCGUCGGCAAGCCCGAGCAGCACCUCUACGGCUGCACCAAGGGCGCCAUCGCCCAGCUGUCCAAGUCCCUCGCGGCGCACUACGCGCCGGCGGGCAUCCGCGUCAACUGCGUCUGCCCGGGGACCAUCGACACGCCCCUCAUGCACGGCGCGGUCGCCGACUUCGUCGAGAAGAAGGGCGCCAACGCCGAGGAGCUCUACGCCUGGCUCGAGACGGCCCAGCCGCUCCCGCGCCUCGGCACGCCCGCGGAGGUCGCCGCCCUCGUCGCCUGCGUCGCGAAGAUCCCCUUCUGCGUCGGCUCCGUCAUCUCCGUCGACGGCGGC